AUGUGCCUAGAAUGGCAAUGCUCUGGGGCAACAACAAUAUCUGAGACUAGCGCUUUGUCCGCUUGUGCUACAUACUCCGGCGAAAUCACACUUUCCACGUCUAUUUCAGGCGAUGUCAACCUGGACGGACUAGAAGUCAUCUUGGGCAAUCUAACCGCGUAUCAUGCCCCAAAUCUAACUUCCAUCUCGGGCAAGGACCUACGCUAUUUGGAUAACAUCAUUCUCGAGGACCUAAGCAGUAUAACGGAUGUAAAUUUUCCCCGCCUAACCAGGAUACAAGAUUUCGUACUACUCGGGCUUAACUCACUUCCACGCCUGAACUUCUCAACGCCAAUUACCUCGAUUAGGGUAGUUAACAUUGUGAAUACGUCUCUUACUACGAUCGAUGGGCUUGGCCUUGACAAAAUCCAGAGCGCAGACUAUAUAACUGUUACGAACAACCCUGUACUGGAAAAUUUUAGCUUGCCAGUACUUAAGGAACUAGCUGGACCUGCAUUUUUCGUUCAUAAUGGCGAAAACUUCACAGUAGACUUACCUGUACUAUCAACAAUGAUAGACCUCUGGCUAGAUACCGUUUCUCAUGUAUCAAUGCCCUCAUUGAAAACGAUCAACGGAUCCCUUAACAUGACAAGAGCGGAUAUCAACACCCUUUCGCUACCCCUGGUCCAGGAAAUUAUGGAAAUAAAUAUCUGGAAUGAUUCGGAUCUAUACAACAUCUCGAUGCCAGAGCUAGCUUCAAUUGGGGGCCGCAUGCGCAUUGAGGACAACCCGAGAUUAGCAUCACUUACACUGGAAGCACUUGCAAACAUACGCAACGACACUACCUUGACGGGGAACUUUACUAGUGUAUCCUUUCCAAGCUUACAGACGCUCGGCGGCCAUCUCGAUGUGACAACAAGCGAGGAGUUAGACUGCUCUUCAUUUGAAGGCAUGGCCAAGUCAGGGAACAUCACAGCUGGAUUACAAUGCAACAGCGCAGGCAACUCUGUCAGCGUGGCACCUUCGACCCCAUCAGAAACCGCAGAUCCAACACAAGGCAAUAAUUCGCUGACCACAGGAGCCAAGGUAGGGAUUGGUGUUGGUGUUGCCGGCGGUGUAAUUGGGGCUACCUGCGCCGGGAUCCUCGUUUUUAUGCUCCGCCGCAACCGGCAAAAACGUCUGACAGUGGGCGAGACGGACAAGGACGAAACCCAUCAAAAGCCCGCUGAUGCUGUACCGCCAGAUCCAGCACAGGAGCUCGGGUCAAGCAAUAUGCAGGAGUUGGAGGCCAGUAAGCCAGUGAAUGAAAUGGACGCGCCGAGAGGGAUCGUGGAGGCUCCAGAACAAGAGGCUGUCGAGAUGCCGGCAAAUGAGCGUGUGGGUGAACUAGAAGGGGAUACCCACCUGGAGAAGAGGACAUCCGCUUAGAGGAUUUGAAGUAAAUAAUCGUAUUCCACAGGUAUCCGGCUUGUCUUACACUACAUUGUCUUCCCCAAAGUCUUUGACAACGCUCCGUGGCUCAGUGUAUUCGCCGAUUCCGGUGAAAGGGAUCGCCAGUCCAAACCCGGAAGGUCCACCGACUUUCAACCCCUGCUCGGUCUUCCACAGUGGGUGUGAGGGCAUCGCGAUAACACUUACAACCAACCCGUACCGCAGGUCUUGUGAUCCAAUUGCUUCUCCAUCUUGUCCCAAAAUUGAGAUCAAGUCCGGAACCGUGCAUACAACUUCCUCGCUAUCUGAUCCUCCGGUCGAGUCUGUGUAUGCGGCAUACAA